CCGUGCUGCUGUCCUUCCAAGUUACAGAAAGAACAGAGCAGCACUUUACGUCGUAGCAUGACUCGGGUUAACCCUGGAUUUGUGGGACUUUCCAUUUGCUCACUAUCAGAAAAUGAGGAAAAUCGCGGCGGCGAUGAGCACUGCCCACAUGCAAUAUGCCCGCCCCUCCUUCAUAAAGGAAAUCAAUUCAAUGAAUCGCUUCCAUUUGAUGUAGUGUAAUUGUAAACCUCGACUUGAGAUGGCGUUAAACGAUAGUGAAGUAUACGAGUUUACUUUAACAGAAAACAACCGCAGGGAAGAGACCAGGCGACAGCGAUGUAGCUCUCGGCUUGUCAUUUACUUUCUGUUGUUCGUACUUGGUGGGCUAGUCGCAUUGGGGUUUCUCUUCGGCAGUAAGUUGUUUUCGAAGCGCACUGAGGUAGCCGCGGAAGAUGAGGCCGCGGCGGCUCGCGGCCCGGAAAGCGCGCUCCCGAACGCACAUCUUACCGCCUUGUCAGACGCCAAUGUCUCAUCGAUAUACCUUCCGUGGGAGCACGAGAAAGGGGAUGCCUACCUCCACCUCUUUAGCUACGACAGGCAAAAGCUCGCCCUCAUUGUCCCCGAGAAGGGCAGGUACUCCAUCUACCUGCAGGUGACCUACAGGGAGCCGCAUAAUCUCAACUGCCCCGACGGCGGGAUCCUAAGGUUCCUGCAGGCUGUCUACGUUUGGUCGGACAGCUACACGAAAGACCGGAUUCUCAUGAGAGCCAAAGACCACAUCCACUGCAGCCGUAAGUCGGGGGUCAGGACGGUGACCAGCACAGGCGUUCACUGGCUGGAGGCUGGGGAUCGACUGAUGGUGUUCGUCUCUCAAAAGAACCUGCUUGAAAUAGAUGAGAAGUCUCUAUAUUUUGGGGCGUUCCUUCUAUCUCGGGGGACGGAUGUAUAGUGUUCCAUCUCAAGUGUAUGGGGAAGGGAUGCCCCUUCUGCUGCAUGCCAUGGACUUUGGGUCAGUUUGGGCUCAUUUAACCCAAAAUGCAUCUUAUUGCUGGUUUGUUUCUUACCCAGGAUGCUAUGCAGUCUGUCGUUUGGUGUGAGCUAUGUGUAACCCAGACUCUUAUUUUUGUCAGUUAUACUUUUAUAAUCCCUUUUACUUUCGCAAAGUGGUUUAAUGUAAGGUAAACUACCAUUAAAAGAAGCAAAGAAGAGCGCUGCAAGAUUUGCACAUAAACACACACAUGUUUGUAUGUCCAAAGGCAGCAAGGGCUUGGAAGUCAGUUUUGGUUACUGUAAUUUACAUUAUAGAUCAAUUAUCCGUCCAUUCAUUUUCUGUAACUUCUUAUCCUAUUCAGGGUUGCGGGGGUCUGGAGUCUAUGGGCACCAACCCAUCACAGGGCACGAGGCAGGGAAUAACCCAGGAUGGGCCACCAACCCAUCACAGGGCACGAGGCAGGGAAUAACCCAGGAUGGGCCACCAACCCAUCACAGGGCACGAGGCAGGGAAUAACCCAGGAUGGGCCACCAACCCAUCACAGGGCACGAGGCAGGGAAUAACCCAGGAUGGGGCCCCAACCCAUCACAGGGCACGAGGCAGGGAACAACCCAGGAUGGGGCACCAACCCAUCACAGGGCACACUCACACUCCAUUCACUCACACAUGCACACCUAUGGGCAUCUGCAUGUUUUUAGACUGGGGGGGGGGGCAUCACAACACUGGGAGAACAUGAAAACUUCACACACAUGGAUCCAUGGUAGGGACUUGAACCCAGGUUCCAGAGGUGUGAGACAACAGUGCUAACCACUGUGUCACUGUGCAACCCCCCUCCCCUCCCCUCCCCUCCCCAGAGCAAUAUAAAUUAUAUAAAUAGUAAUAUAUACAUAGUAUCAUAUAUUAUAUAGUGACAAAAUCAUAUUAGGCUUCUGAAAAUACAAAUGAUUAACAUUACCAUCAGAACUGGCUUAACAUAUAACUGAGCUGUGGGUGACUCACUUGAGUGACUAAUGGCUGUGGCUUUGUUCAGGCCUAAGGAAUGCAUGUAAAUAUACGCUUCAUCCUUGAGAAAAAGGUUGUUCCUUGGUGUUACACCUGACCUCCUGACCUGUGUCAGGUCAAAUAAUAUUUUCUUUUUUACUAUGAGAACAUUUUGUAAGAAAAUACAAAUAUAAGCAAUUUACAAUGUAGGAUAACUUUAUAAAUGGUUUUAAGGUUAAAAUGCUAUUACUUUAAUAUUGCCAUUGUCAUCGGCUAAAUGUAUUGUUUUUUCUUUAAUAUUAUAAAAUAUUGUCAAAUAUAUUUUUUUUUUUAUGACUUAGUGGCUGUUCUCUAUGCAGUGUUUCAGUCUGUCUUCAAAUUCACCCUUUUGAUAAGCAGUUAAUUUGUUGUCGUAAAAUAUAUCAGCCUGGACAUACAUUGUUAUUCAUUGCAUUAACAGCUGUAUUCAGCAUCGACGUUUGUAUAUUAUUAUAGUGAAUUUUCAGUAAACGAAAAGAAUUGAACAUGGGGGUCAUUCUUUCAAGAUGAUAACUUUCAUAUUAAAUAAUACUUAUUAAUGAAUACAAUAGCAGGUUUUAUGUUUUUCAAACAUCGCUAAGAGAUUUUGGUCACUGGGGCUGGAGGUGCCAUAGUGGCAGUGAAAUGGCACUGGAAGAUACUGAGUUACUUUGCAGAGAGAGGGAAACUUCGACCAGCGGGAGCAGUGGGAUGUUCCCAUGUAUACAUUAACUUUAUGUAAACUAGAUUUCUUCAAAUAAAAGCAGUGGCUCCGUAA